ACAAAUCCUGAUUCUGGCGACCAAGGCACGUCUGAAAUGCGGAUAGCCUGUCUGUCGUCUCGUCCUCUCGGCAAUGCGCAAUUUAGGAGUCGCUUUUCGCGCGAGCACCUUCCGCGCAAGCACCAUGCGCUCUCCUCAGUUGCCUUCCGCAGCCGGCGGUAGUCAGCGCAAUUCGGCUUCGGUAGCGGGAAUGGCGACGAUUAACGCGACGGCUAGUGUCGCAGGGCGGUCGCAUGGCAGAAGUGUGCUUCAGCCUGGACGGUUUCCGACUCAACAAGAGCUUCUUCGCUUCCCAGAUAAGCUCAUCAGAGACAUCGCUUUUGUUGCCUUCUGCCCGCCGCUGCUGCUCUCGUCCAACCAGCUACCAACAGUGGACCCACACGCAUUCGCCCAGACCUCUUCCCUCCUGAUGCCUAACAGCCCGGAUCACUCCAGUCCAAGCAAUUAUCCGCACCAUGAGGCAUGUGACAAUAGCGAGAGGGAGGGCCAACAGGCGCUCUUGGCCUGGCUGGAGUCCCUGGAUGGAGGACACGUGGCAGCAUGGUUCAGGCAGAAGAAACAGAGCGCCCGAUUGGGCGACCACUAUGCUCUUUGCAUUCUCUUCGCCCUCACGUUCGGCCCGAGCCUCAAGCCUCGGGGCCUCCGAACCUCUGUCCAAGUUCACGUUUCAGAGGUUCGGGGGAAGCCCACCCGGCUUAUCUUCCCCGAACCAGAUCAAACCCUCCCCGAAGCAGACACAUCAGCUGACGGCGGCCUAUCCGAACCUGACCCCCCCGAACCCAACAUGCCAGACUCCUCCACCUUGUUGAAGCAGAGUCCAGACCAGCCGAACUUACCGAGCCUAGAGGGCUUCAGCGUGCCGAGCCUGGAGCUGGCUCCGGCUCGGCCAGAGCUAGACUUUCCGGAGCUGAGGCAGAUGGGCAGACGGGCUCGGAAGCGAUUCCUGCGCGAGUCGAGGGAGAGGAAGGGGCGGAUUCAGACCAUGGGGGAGUUUGAUGUGCUCUUCACCCUGCCGCCUCCCUCCCUCCCUCCUCACUCACCCUCUCCUCCUCCUCCCUCUCUUCCUCACUUGCUCUCUCCUCCUCCCCUUUCUCCUCCUGAUUCCAAGUCGCCUGGUUUAUGUUGCAAGAGAGUUUUAGAGGGUGGUGCAACUGCUGCUGCUGAUGAUUGUGGUGGAGAUACAGCUGCUGUUGCAGCUGUUGAUUCUGCUCCUCCUGCUGCUGCUGCUGCUGCCGCUGCUAAUCCCGCCAUUGGACUUGAGGAUGCAGCCGCAGCAGCCUCAGCUGUGCUCCACCACUGGGAGCUUUCCGUGAAGUUUCUCCUCUUCGUGGGCUCGUGGGACGAUGCACUUGCCAUCUUCUCCCGCCGGUUCCAUCCCACUCAGAGCAGCAGCAGCAGCAGCAGCAGCAGCACCACCACCACCACCACCACCAUCACCACCACCAUCACCACCACCACCACCAGUAGCAGCAGCACCACUAUCAGUGGUAGCAGCAGCAGCAGCAGCAGCAGCAGCAGCGGCAGUGAAGCAGCACCUGACUGGCUGCUGGGGCAGUACCUGGGCCCCCACGUGGGGGAGUCCCUCCGCGACCGGAAGGAGCGGCUUAGCCGACAACUGCUGCUGGGCAAACACGGUUAUGGGGCUCAGCUUAUAACGAGGAUGUAUGGAGUUGAGGGUACUGGGGGGGCGGCAAUGGAAAAUGAAGGGAGUAGGGAGAGUUGUGGGGUGGAUGGGAUUACAGAGAGCUGUGGAGGGAAAGAGAUAUUAUCCUCGUUACAAGCAGCAGCGCUGUUACAAGGGUACUUGUUCUAUGAGUACCCCCUGUGGCUGAAACUGAGAGAGAUGGAGGAGGGCUGGAGAGAGAGAGGCGCCAAAUUUGGGACCGUUGCUACCAGGGGCGAUUCUGAGAUAGGGGGUAGAGCAGUAGCAGCAUCAG